GACAUGUAAUGUAAUGUAACAUGCAGAAAUAAUCCACUCUCAGGCUCUUCUCUUCUUUCCUCUUUUUUUAGGAUAUGACAUUUGUGUGAAGAAGAUGUGAGAGACACAGACAGAGAGAGAGUGCGACAGAAAGAGGAAGUCUCACUGCUACUAGCAUGAGACCCCGCCUUGCUGGACUCCACUCCUCCUCCCUUCAUUUGCUCAGGCUCUGGUGGAGAGGAAGCUGCUGCCCUCGGGGAUUUGGCGUGAUAAUUGUAAAGGAAGCAGAGGAGUCUUGUGUCUGCUGCACUCACUCACUCACUCACACACAACAUGACUGAAGGAGAGAUGCUGCUAUAAUCCUGUCAUCCUUCGAUUGUUCAGAGUGAGAAGAGGACGCCGCCAUGUCCGAGAAGAAGCCACGAGCCUCAGGCACACGUCCCAAAAGUGGCCUCCGCAGCUGGAGUGCAGACAGUUCUAUUUGGCGGGGGAAGAAGCGUUCCCGCAGCUCUUGGAGCGGCGGGCUGAGUCCCGGAGGGUCGGAGGCGGAGGCGGAGGCGGAGGAGCUGGGUGUCCGGUCCACAUCCUGUACGAGGCGGCGCAGAGAGAGAAAGUGCAGCUGCAGCGCUCUGGGAGACGCGCUGACAUCUGCAGAGUUUGAUGUGGUGUGUCGCAAGGCCUUAACCCGCCGCUCUCUACGGCAGAAAUUUCAGGAUGCUGUCGGCCAGUGUUUGCCUCUGCGUUCUCAUCAUCAUCAUCAUCAUCAUCAUCAUCCACCCGGCUCCUCAAGACCCUUCUCUGUUCUCUUCUGGUCCAAACGCAAGAUCCAUGUCUCAGAGCUCAUGCAGGACAAGUGUCCAUUCUCACCUAAAUCUGAACUGGCCCGUUGCUGGCACCUCAUCAAAAACCACGCAACUCACCCGAGUUCCCUCAAGGACAUGGAAGCUCCCCUCAAACCCCCCGUGUCGUCCUCCUCUACCUCCCCUCCACAAACACCACUCUCAUGGGAGGACCUCUGCUGCUCCCCUGGGCAGACUGGAAGCACCAGUCUGGAGGACUGGGACCCUUCUUCUCCACAUGGGGGGGCAGAGGGGAGCUGUAGCAACACUGACUACGUCCUGGUCCCGGAUCUCCUCCAGAUCAACAACAGCCCCUGUUACUGGGGUGUGUUGAACCGCUUUGAGGCAGAGGAGCUCCUGGAGGGCCAGCCAGAGGGCACCUUUCUGCUCCGAGACUCUGCCCAAGAUGAGUUCCUCUUCUCGGUCAGUUUUCGUCGCUACAGCCGUUCCCUGCACGCGCGCAUUGAGCAAAAUGGAAAGCGCUUCAGCUUUGAUGUGCGUGACCCGUGUAUGUACCAGGAUCCUAGUGUGACAGGACUACUGAGACACUAUAGCAACCCGGCCACCUGCCUCUUCUUUGAGCCCCUGCUCUCCCGGCCACUGCUCAGGACCUUUCCUUUCUCCCUGCAGCAUCUGUGCAGGGUUGUGAUCUGCAGCAGCAGCACCUACCAGGGCAUAAACAACCUGCCCCUACCGCCACAGCUCAGGGAAUACAUCAGACUGUACCACAUCAGGUGUGAGGGGGCCUGCACUGUGUGAUGGACACACUCGUCACCGAACAAUGGCAGAAAAAAGAGGAGGAGCCAAUGCAAGAUCUUUUGGCCAAGAUGCAAGAAUAUUGUUGUUUGUGAAUUUCAGAAAGCUUGAUGGUGCAAAACCUUUAGGUGUCUAAGAUUAAGAAUGUUCAGAUGUGUGUCUGUCUCAAGUAUCUUGAUCUUGCACAAUCACCCACCUUCUUUGCAGGACUACAUGCACAUGGCCAUCUUGACUCAUACUGGAGCUGAGGUCAAUCAGUGGACAGCGACACAUUAAUGAAGCAAAUAAAAACCUUUGGAAGGCGCAGGGAUGAAGAAAAACACAGAGACAAUGUUUUUUUUAGGAAUAUUGACUCUUUAAGUCUCUUUCUUGUAUGAACAUCUGGAAACUCUAACAGCCACUAAAGCACUAAAGGAACUACUA